AGAAGAGUGUUGUCCAGGCCAAGCUGAAACCAAGCUGAAACGACCUAGAAAUUAUUCAGAAGGACAUCAUGAAUUCCGUGUAAUUUCACUGCUUACUUGCUAUGUCGCCCAUCAUGGCGUAUUUCUAUCGUGCCUCUGAAUCUUCCCUGGGUAAUCAUUCGCUGCACCAUCGUUGUCUCUGGUAUCUGUCAUUAUCUCUACCUGCUUGAUCUUAUCUGCCACUUGUCGUCCCGCUCUUCAUUUUGCUCAUAUCUCGGCCAAAAAAGCAUAACAUGGCGCUCCAAUCUCGGCCAGUGCCUAUGAAUGCUUCACCGCAUCACUCCAAGGUCAAGGUAUCCCUGACACUAUCUGACCCCAUAUUUGUGGCUGGAAGUAAUAUUGCUGGAAAAAUGGAAGUCGAAUGUCGCGGCGAUGGCGAGUUCGGUCUUGGCAUUGGUCUUAUGAUGGUCGAAUUAUUCGCCGUCCAAGAAAUUACAUCUCGUGACCACUCAGCCACUUCCACCUUUAUCCACUCCCGUAGACUGUUCCAAGGGCCAGGACUCCCACCAUCGAAUGCCAUCCAGUCUGACUUCAUUCCUCCACCAGGAGAACCGCCCCUUCCGGCACAUCACUACCCUGCACGUCGUGGUCUCACUACAUUCUUCUUUCGUUUUCCUCUCCCGCCUUCGUCCCCUGCCUCAAUAUCAUUCGGUCCAGCUCAAAUACGAUACGAAAUCCGGGCGAGCGUUGGAGUUGCUUGGAGAGGAGAGAAACGCCUCGUAACCGAUCAACAAGAUGUCAACGUAGUCGAAUACUGCGAUAGCAGGGCACCAUCGAAACGCCCCCAAGGUUUUGCCAUCGCCGACGGUGGAAGCAUUUCAGCCCAAGCUUUUGUCAUGAAUGGUCCUAUCAUUGCUGGGGAAGUAGCUUGUGUCGAGUUACAGCUGAAGAACCACUCACUCAACUGGACGUCUGGGGUUACAGUCACACUUUCUCGCGAACUUCGGUUGUCGUCACCUUCUGUCGAUAAGGAGGAAUUGAAAAUAACUGACGCAAUCACAGAGGUCGACUUCAGAGGUCACGAAUACAUGGUCCCCCCUGGCAUCGAAGGCGUCGCCAACUUGGUGAUUGAUAUACCUCGGUCUUCCCGUGGAUCUCGCGGUGGUGCUCGCGUCGGCGAGAAUGGAAACAUAUCUGACUGUUUGUUUGAAGUUUGUUGCAGCCUGAGACUCCGGGUCGAUAUGCCUAUUGGGAGCGAGCCUGCUAUAAUUAUAAUUCCGCUGGUCAUUUACCAUCAUUUGGCUAUACCUAAAGCGUCACCCUACGCCUUCCCUGCAACUUCAUCACAGCCGUAUACAUCACCUCCCACACAACUCUCACCACCUCCUGGUGCUUCCUACGCGGAUCCUCAUUUUUCACCGCAGCCGUAUGAUCUACCACAUACGUACUGGUCACCACCAUCUCCAGUAGUGGAUUACAAGCCUUUGACCCCUGCAUUCUCGGAGCAGUAUUAUCCUCAAGAUUUAUUUUCAUCCAAUCCACACUUCCAACACUAUACUCCACCUCGACCAGCAUCAGCCGAACCCCCUCAGAUGCCGUAUUAUGACACAAGCCUAGCAUGGGAGCUUCCUACAUCAGCAGCUCGUCUUCCGCUACCUCAUCCACCUAUCUCAUAUUGCCCUCCGCAGGCUGUCGAAAGCAGCCCUCAGCACUACGCGGAUUCAGAAGAGGGCAAAGGCGCUCGUGCGUCUCGCAUCUCCCAGACGUUGCGCCUCUCCUCUCGACACCGCUCGGUCUCACCACUGUCGCACAGGUUUCCCUUGCCUCAGCCCUCUGCUCAACACGUGUCCCCUCGUCGCCCGCGCCCCAGCGCAAUCCAAAUCCCCACCCUUCCUAAUCCUCACGACUCUCAGGGUGUAUUACACUCACCACGCCCCAUCCCCUCACCAAAACAGUCCUACUCAGGCCCCUCCCCACGCAGCGAAAAUGUGUGCGCCCUGGAACGCAUGGCAGACCAAGUCGUCAGGCAUAGCGGCGAUCUGAGCGCAGAUCUGCCAAAGUGCGCGGCAAACGUGGACAAAACACUCCCCAGUCCUCCUGCACCCUCCGGAAAACGACUAUUUCAUGUUCGACAGUACGUCGAGGCAGUGUUUCCCGAUACUACUGUUCCUCAUCUCUCUGCACUCAAUCAUGAGUCAGAGCCCGUUUUCUCCGCUCAACCGACCCCACCACUCGCAGCUAUAACUCCCGUUAAGUUUCCGCGCGCACCGACUGAGUUAUCUGGCCUAGGCACUAACUUAGGCAAGGACAUCCCGCAGGAGAGCGGCCUGGACGCCCUUGAGCGGCGCCUGCUCGCAGAGGUAGGCACACGCCGCCAGGAAGUGGGUGAGCUGCGUCCGGACGUGCGCAGCUUGGUGCAGCCAAUCAUGAUCCCACCCAGCGGGGCUCCCGCAGGUGUGAAUGACAGCGCCAUAUCGAGCCUGACGCUUGCAGAUCGUGAUGCUUUCCUGCGAGGUGACGAGGGCGAGCGUGAACAGGAACAGGAGCAGGAACAGGAGCCGGAGCAAGAUCACGAUUCGGAUGAGAGGACGCAGCACCGAGGUGGCCGUCACAGUCAGAGUGAUGAUGAACGCGAGGUGCGCACCCAGAGGGGACGGUCAGGGGUGAAGAGCAAACAUAGCGAUGAGGAUGAUGAGAGGAGAGCUGCGCGGAAGCGGGAGCGGGGGCGGAAGAGAGGCAAGGAGGGUGAUAUGCGGAAGCUGCGUAGUGAGGUUAAAGGGCGGAUUGCAGCAUGGCUAGGGGAGAUCGACACGACGAGCCCGCCACUUGUGGAUGACUCGUUAUCUUUGUCGUCGCCCGCUACAUCUCACUUCGUUCCCAUCACCGACAACGAGCCUUUUACGCCACUACCGUCAUCAGAAGACCCAUUGCCGUCGUCGUCGGGCGACCCAGAACUUGGAGGCACAUUAUUUAAUGAAGACGUUGUGGCAGCCCCCAAUCCACGAUCAUCUGGCUUUGUGACUAUUUCUACGCUCAAGACUGCCGGGACUCGACGCUCUACUGUCACCGCCCCAGUAAACACUCUUACUCGCUCUGAUGCAGAAAAGAAAGCUCUCACCGCGGAGUCGUUGAUACCGGGUCCAAUCCUGAGAAAGAUGUCUGCAGGCCAGUCAACUGUACCAGCCCUUGUUGGCUCUCUUCCCAAUGCUCCACCUGCAGGAUCGAAAUCCCCAGACAUCACAAGGGCUGAUCUCAUAUCCCCAGUUACUCACCAUUUCCUGUCGCCUCGCCACCCGCGCUAUUCUCCUCAAUCGAUGAACCCUGAGAAGUACGACAUCCGUUCUGCACGCGGAGGGAAAGGCGGCAAGGUCACCGAAGUCGCUUCGCUGUGGGCCGCAAAGGCGGAUGCGGUUGAGCCACAGGCGAAGCAAAAUGGGACUCCCCAACCCGUGAAGAAACCUGUCAACUAUGGUGGAAAGUUACCCGUCAAGUCCCCGCUGGCGUCGCAAACCAAUGGUCCGGCGGAUACGAGCAAGGAAGGACGCGGAAAGGCCACGAAAGCGACGACAGUUCCUGCUGUUAUUUCAUCGUCUCAUGCCGUUCCCAUGCUUUCGUCUACCGCUUCUCUUGCUCGUGCAACGCCUAACCCCCGGACCCCAGCAUCUCGCCCACUACCUCCAAUGAUCUCGGAGACGAUAUCAGAUCUUAGAAAUGUCGUUAAAACUCCCAUUCCCAGAGUUACCCGCACCCCUGGUGACCUUGGAUUUGGCCAGGCGCGUCUCAGGGACUUAAUCAAGAAAUAUCAAGGAUAAUUUGUUUGCUCGUUACUGUAUGGUCGAUGUAUGUGCUUCACUCUUACUUUUGUUGUUU